AUGUCGGCCCCAUCUGCACAGACCUUGAUCGUCACCGGCGCCAAUGGCUUCGUCGCCCUUCACAUCAUCAAGCAAGCCCUGGACCGCGGCUACAACGUCCGAGGAACCGUCCGAUCAGUUAGUUCAGCAGGAAAAGUCCGCUCCAUCUUCGCCGACUACGGUGACAAGUUCACAGUCGCCAUUGUCCCCGAACUGAACAAAAAGGAGCUCUACGAGCCCGCCUUUGUUGGCACUUCUAAGCCUGUCACUGGCGUUAUCAAUGUUGCUGCUCCCUUCUCCCUGAAAGUCGACGACCCUGUUACUCAAUUGCUGGACCCAGCUGUUGAGUGCGCUAUCAGCAUGCUUGAAGCAACUCGUCAAUAUGGAUCUGCCGUCCGUCGCGUCAUCAACACUUCCUCCUUUGCCUGCAUUCUCGACCUCGGCCAAGGCUACCGUCCUGGAUACACAUACUCCGAGAAGGACUGGAACCCAAUGACACAUGCCGAGGCCGCCAAAGCCGACAAUGCCACCGCCUACUGCGCUUCCAAAGCUCUCGCCGAAAAGGCCAUGUGGAACUGGGUUGAAGCCGAGAAGCCCUCGUUCUCAUUGACUUCCAUCAACCCUCCUUGGAUCUUCGGUCCUCACAUUAGCCCCAUCACUGAUCUUCACCACCUCAACGAAUCUUCCGAGGCACUGUGGCAUCUCGUUGGCGCAAAGGAAGUCCCUCCAGUUGACUUUGCUGGCUUUGCUGAUGUUCGCCUCGUUGCUACCGCCCAUCUUAAUGCCUUUGAGCGCCCUGAGGCUGCCGGCGAGCGCUUCAUCUGCGGCCAGCACUUUGACUACCAGAGUGCGGUAGAUACUCUGCGGGAAGUUCUGCCAGAGCUGCAAAGUCGUCUUCCGCUGGGAACGCCCGGUGCGGGUAAGACGCAGGCCGUCUACCAGCUUGACGGAAGCAAGGCGGAACGUCUUUUGGGAAUCAAGUACAUUCCCUUGGAGGUUACCAUGAAGGAUUCGUUUGCACAGUUUUUGCAAGCAGAGGCAUAA